ACUUGCCAGUUUGAUUUUGAUUUCUUGUUGCUUAUUGAUAACCUGCACUAAACUCUAAAAUAUAGUCUGUUUUUGGCAUCAAAUAUAUCAUGUCAAAUAUUACAGGAGAUGAUGUGAGUUUUUCUUCAGGAGAAGAAGGUCAAGAUAAGCAAGUUCAAGAGCUUAAAAACCAUUUCCAUGGCGGAAAUUCAAGCGAUGUAUCCACUUCAGUCCCACCUCCUAAAAAGAAACGAAACCUUCCAGGAACUCCAGAUCCUACUGCAGACGUGAUUGCGUUAUCACCAACAACACUAAUGGCAACGAACAGAUUUGUAUGUGAAAUUUGUAACAAAGGGUUUCAAAGAGACCAAAACUUACAAUUGCACCGACGAGGUCAUAAUCUUCCGUGGAAACUAAAGCAAAGAACCAGCACUGAGAUGAGGAAACGGGUGUAUGUAUGUCCUGAGCCAUCUUGUGUUCAUCACAAUCCGGCUCGGGCACUUGGUGAUCUUACUGGGAUCAAGAAACAUUAUAGUCGCAAACAUGGAGAAAAAAAAUGGAAAUGCGACAAGUGUUCUAAAAAGUAUGCGGUUCAAUCUGAUUGGAAGGCUCAUCAAAAGACUUGUGGCACUCGGGAAUAUAAGUGUGAUUGUGGCACCAUCUUUUCAAGGAGGGAUAGCUUUAUAACUCAUAGAGCAUUUUGUGACGCGCUAGCAGAAGAGAACAACAAGGCGAGCCAAGGAAUGUCACAAACUCAACAUUUGAUGAUGGACUCAAGGAACAACGGGUUAAUGGGCUUACCUGAUUUCAAUAGUUUUGAACCACAAAACUCGGGCAAAUCUGUUCCUCAAGAACUAGUUCCAAUGCCUUUCAAGCCAUCAAACAUGUCUGGAGGAAUGUUUUCCAGCAGCUCUGGCACCCUUUUUGGAAACCCAAGAGGUGGAUCCUCAUCGUCAUCAGGGCUACAGCUUAGCUCACCAAGUGGCUCAUCGGGCUUUGGCUAUUUCCAACAAGAUAUUAAAGGAGCCUUGCUAUCUGGGCCUGCGGGCCAUAUGUCUGCGACGGCCUUGCUUCAAAAAGCAGCCCAAAUGGGUGCUACAGCAAGCAAUGGGAUUAAUUCUCCAAUGAUGCAAAAGAGCUUUGUUACAAGCAUGGCAGGCCCCGAUCAAGUUAACCCAUCCGAGCCAAGGCCUACAUCACCUUAUGGUAUGCAACGAGCUGGACAAUACGAUAACUUCCAUGUCCAACCUAAUCAAGCAAUCAUGGCAGGAGUAAACGUUGGUACCGAAGGAUACAAUCCUUUCCAGAAGCCCGGCCCACAAGAUAUGUUUGGGUCGGGCCUUGGGCCAGAGCCUAAUUCAGGUAUGAAUGAUAUGGGAAUUUAUAGUGAAUUAUUAAUGAGAGGAGACCAAAGUACUUCAUUUACAAAGAAUUUAGAAAAUCAUGAAGAUAGAAGUGACGACAACUCUGUCUUGGUUCAGGGUAGAGGGAAUUCGGUCAUGGGGAAAAGCCCGUCAAAGUUAGGAAGUGGUGGUGCUGGAAAUGAUACAUUAACGGUUGAUUUCUUGGGAAUUGGAGGAUCAAGACCAUUAAAUAUACAAGUACAACAACAACAGCAACAACAAAGAUUUAAUGGGUUUGAUGGAGCAAGUCAAGCAAUGAAUCCUUUUCAACAACAAAUUAUACAUGGGGAGUCUCUACCUCAUGAAAAGCCUAUUUGGGAGGAAUGACAAAAGUACAAAAGUCCAUUAAUGAUAAUGAGAAGGUGAAGAAUGUUGGGCCUCAAAGAGAAUUAGUGAGCUAGAUGGGGGUAUUUUGCCCCAUAAAAUUUUUGGGCCAAAUGGAUUUGGUACUUUGUUAGCUGUAUUACUAUAUCAUCACUCAUCAAACUAACCUUUUAAUGAUCGAAUAUUCACAGUUACUUAGCAUCUAGUUUCAAUUUGUAUCUGUAUAAUUCACAUUUGAGUUACUUUCAACUUAUAUAUUUCUAAUUCACAUUUGAGUCGGUAAA